CCACCUCUUUGCUUUUUAUUGGCUAUUUGUUAUUCUUAGGCUAUUAUCUAUUUGUUUGAUAUUGUUUUUUCACCAUGAGCACCAUGUAUAAUUGGCUGCCUGAAAGGCAGCGACAGUGACGACACCAGCGCCUUUCUGAAAAGUUCACGUUUUCAACUCGAAGAAGAAGCGCUCAGUGCAACUGCAAAAAAAAAAAAUGUUGGAGCGCUCUGAAAAAGAAGCUAGUGCAGCGUUUUUUUUUCUCUAGGUGGCCGCAUACUAAUGCAUCCGCUCUCUCCUCAUUGGUAACAAUUGAAAAGAGGGACUGGCGCUCAGUAAAAAAACGCUUAAGGACACUCAGUUGGUCUGCGAUCUGCCAAUAAAUAAAGAAGAAGAAGAAGAAGCGGCGCAGCAUUUUGUCGUCACACGAUGGCGCGCCGUGGACGUACACUUUGUUGAUAGUGGUUGUGAAUGGACUGGUUAUUCUUAAAUGUUACAUUACUUGUUACUCACUGGUGAUUUUGAUUGAUGAAAAACCAACAUAAAGCAGUAAAAUGUGGAUACUGACACCCUUGCAGUCUGGAGGUGAGAUCCACUAUCUCCUCUCCAGUAAAGAGUAUGUGGUGGGGCGCAAGAACUGUGACAUCCUCUUGCCCAGUGACCAGUCCAUCAGCCGGGCUCACGCUCACCUCACUGCUACUGACCAGACUCUGACUGUUAAGGACACCUCCAAGUAUGGUACCUUUGUGAACAGCAAGCGCCUGGCAGAGAACACACCAGUGAACCUGAAGUCAGGGGACAGUAUUACAUUUGGGGUUUUUCAUAGCAAAUUCAGUGUGGAACAUCAGAAGCCAGUGGUGUGUUCUUCAUGUUUGGACAAUGAUGGCAAGGCGUCACUCUCUCAGGCCCUGCUGCCUUUGGGUGGAAAGCUGGUCAACUCGUGGACUCAGGACUGCACCCACCUGGCCAUGCCUACUGUUAAAGUGACCAUCAAGACUAUUGCUGCUCUGCUGUGCUGCCGUCCCAUAGUGAAGCCGGAGUUCUUCUCAGAGCUCAGCAAAGCUGUUCAGCAAAAAUUAUCCCCUCCUAAAGCUGAGAGUUUCACCCCUGAGAUCGAUGAGCCCAGCCUGAAUAAAGAGGAUGUGAACCUUGAAGCUAUUCCAGCACGCAAACAGCUUUUCACCGGAUUGAUCUUCAUUUUUCUCAGUGCCAAACAGCUUAAGCGUCUGAGUGCAGCAGUGAAUUUUGGAGGUGGUAGGAGCCAGUUGCUGGAGGAGGGCUUCCUGCCCCGGGACUUGCUGGAGUCUCCACAAAGCUGUGUGGUCGACGUUACAACUGGCAGCUCCCAAACUCUGCUUCCUCCCUCGGCCACAGAGUGGGCAAACUCUGUGAAGAACAUUGUUCAAAGAAAAGGCCUUCGUCUCAUCACAGAGUCUGAAAUUGGAUUGGCUGCCAUCUAUGCUUCCCGUGACAAGUACUGCAAUCCAUCCAGUGUGAUACCAGAUUCAGGGUCAGUACCAAAGGUGACGCCCAGAAUUCCAAGUGCCUCUCUGUCACAGAACGUGGCGGUGGACGAGACUGUGUUACCUGCAGCGUCUCAGAACAUCACAGCAUAUGCAGUUAACACAGAGACAUCACAACGGACGACGCUAUGUGAGGUGACCAGGGUGACAUCGGUAGGAGAGACUCCAGAGAAGAGGCCAAACCGCAACACCAGCCAGCUUGGCCGAUCCACACCCACAGCUCAGAAGACGGCCACUCAGUGCAUCGUGGCUGACACUACGAGCUCAUCAUUCAACGCUGUGGAGAACACAGAAUCACCGAGGAAGAAGCCUGAGUCCAGACUGACAGGUGGAGGCAGUAAUGGCAUGAGGUCCCAGCCAUCCUUUCCUAAGACAAAUGGUGGUGUGAAGACAUUCCUACAGAGGCAGUCACCCCAGAAAACCUCUGCACAAGCUUCCCCACAGAAACAGUCGACUCUUACCAACUUCUUUCAGCCAGUCAACAAGAAAAGGGCUCUGGAGGACGAGUUCUCUGCUGUUAUGUCAGAGCCAAAGCGGCCUGCCCUGGAAUCAUUCUUCAGCAUCAAGACUCCAGACACGUCAGUCACGUCUAAAGAAAUGCCCUCACGUUCAGACAGAGUCCGUGCAGCCACGUCCCAGACUCCGCUGGGGUCAGCAGCUGAUCUGUUCAUGGGACAGUCAGAUGCUCCGUCAGAAAGAGUCUCCCACGCUGCCAAGGGGGAACCACUGAGCAGAAAGAGGAAGGAGAUGGAAGAAGUGAUACAGAUGGAUGAACUUGAGUCUAUAAUGUCUGAGGAUAUGGACUGGUUUGAUGAGAAACCACAAGCAAGAAUGCACAGUUCAACUGAACAGAAACAAGCUACUGUGGAGGCUUCAUCUUCAAGCAAGAGGCAACGAAUCCAACGAGAAGAAAGUGGAAUAACCAGCCAAAGGCUACAGGUGGGCCUGGAAAAAGAAUCAGGUACAAAUAAGAACCAGAGCGUAAAAACUGAACAGCAUAUCGUCUCCAUCAAGACCGAGCAGCUCGAUCCAUCAGAAUACAGGACAAUAAAUCAUGAGUCCAGCAAACCUCCAAAGAUGUCAUCUGCCAGUAAAAAUCAGAACUCAGAACCUUUUGAUGAAGAUGACGCGUCUUUCAUUGAGGAUUUAGAACUACUCAAAGCAGAUAUUUGUCAGCCUGAAGUAAAGACUGAGGCCCAUCUGAAACCUGUUACAAUCAAACAGGAGGCCCAAGAAUCAAAGAUUGAUGAAGACCUUCCUAAAAAGCUGGUUGUGGUGGAGUUUCGAUCUCUCACUAUAAAUGCACCUCGCAAAACCAAACCACAACAGAUGCAGGGCAACGGCUACGCAAAGAACUUCAAAUGCUUCCGCAAGAUGCGAGUGCCAGGUACAGAGGGCUCACCGCACAUCAUUGGAGGGUCUGGUCUGCUGGUUCACAACAGGGGCAAGAACACUGACCUGGAUGAAUGGCUGAAAGAUGCAGCUGAGGAGGAACGUCGCAGCAGACAGGAGGAGUCUGUAGGAGAUGACCUCUUCAGGUACAACCCCACCAAACUAACCAAGAGAAGAUGAAAUGCCUUCAUCUUGAGGUCCUCCAGAGGGAAAACAUUUCAAAGGCACAGGAAGCAUGUCAAGGACUGAAGAAAUCAUUUGUCAGAUAACUGUUACUGUAACUGUUAUCUGUAUUUCAACUAUAAAGUUGAUAGAUAAAAUGUAGUUAACUCUUGAUAACUGCUCAGAUUAUAAGAAAUGUUUAACAAUGUUAUAUUUUGGUUUUUUUCCUGUUCUGUCUUAACCAGUCGUUUGAAAUGUCUUUAUACCCUCCCCUAAUUAAGCCAUUGACAGCAAGUAAUGUAACAUAAAGUCUCAUGAUCAGA